UGUCUCUUCAUGCCAAGUUCAUGUGUGAAUGAGAGAAGAUUAGUUACUUACUUAUCUUGUUUGUUGUUUACAUAGUUUUUAUGCCUCCUUUUUUGCAGGAGACUUGUGAGAUAAUUGCAAAUCAUGAUGGCAGCUGAUUCAUGGCUCACAUCUCUUGAUUGUUCUGUUUCUUCCAUCCAAUCUUCACAUAAUUCUUCUAUUAUCUCAGUUGCAAUAACAUGGCUUAAGUUCAUUCUUCUUUCACCAUGUCCUCAGAGGAUUCUCUUAUCAUCUGUUGACCUUCUUUUCUUGUUUGUCCUAUUGAUCCUAGGGGUUAAAAAGUUAUGUUCAAGAUUUAUCAAGAAUGAAAAUUCCCUUGAUAAACCUCUUCUAGGGGAUGAAAGGCCUCAAUUUAGGGUUACUUUUUGGUUCUAUGGAUCUUUACUUGUGACAACUCUUUUAGCCAUUACUUAUACUGUUCUAUGCAUAUUAGCCUUCACUCAAGGGGUUCAAUCAGGAUGGAAAAUGGCAGAGGCUUUUUUCAGAUUGAUUCAUGCUGUAACUUAUCUUGCUAUAUUCGUGUUAAUUGCACACGAGAAGAGAUUUUCUGCUGUUUCUCAUCCCAUGACACUAAGAGUGUAUUGGGGGAUGAGUUGUGUUAUAGUGUUUCUCUUUGCGGUUACUGCUAUUAUUCGUCUAUUCUUUACUGGAAACUAUUUGGUGGUUUUGAGAAUGGAUGAUAUAGUUGUAUUGGUUACCCUUCCUUUGUAUGUGUAUCUUCUUGUUGUUGCAAUUAAAGGAUCAUCUGGAAUUUGCGAGGAAGUUGUUGGAAACACUGAUGAAUUGACUUUGAUAGAUUCUAAUGUGAGUGCUUUUGGCACAGCUUCGCUCUUCUCUAAGGCGGUUUGGAAUUGGUUGAAUCCAUUGCUUAGUAAAGGAUACAAAUCCCCUUUAAAGUUAGAUGAAGUGCCUUCACUACCAGCUGAUUUUCGAGCGGAAAGAUUGGUGGAAUUUUUCGAGAAGAAUUGGCCUAAGCCAGGUGAAAAUGUGAAGUAUCCUGUAAUAAGAACAUUAAUCAGAUGUUUCUGGAAAGACCUUGUUAUAAUUAGUAUCCUUGCAAUAGUGCAGUUGGUUGUUAUGUAUGUUGGACCAGUUCUUAUCCAAAGUUUCAUUAGUUUUACUUCUGGGGAUAGAUCAAAUCCUUAUGAGGGGUACUAUCUAGUGUUGAUUCUAUUGAUUUCCAAAGUAGUUGAAGUUCUUAGUUCACAUCACUUCAGUUUCCUAUCUGAGAUACUUGGAAUGAAGAUUCGAUCAUCCCUUAUCACUACUAUAUACAAGAAAGGGCUAAGAUUGACUUGUUCAUCAAGACAGGCUCAUGGUGUAGGACAAAUAGUGAAUUACAUGGCUGUUGAUUCCCAACAGCUUUCUGAUAUGAUGCUGCAGCUGCAUUCUCUAUGGAUGAUGCCAUUACAAAUUGGAGCUUCAUUACUUCUCUUGUACUAUUACAUGGGUGUUUCGAUGUUCGCUGCACUUAUUUUAAUAGUUGCAACUUUGAUCAGUACAUUAUUGAUGACGCACAAAAGCAAUCAGUACCAAUUCCACUUGAUGAGGAAGCGCGAUUCAAGGAUGAAGGCAAUAAAUGAACUGUUGGGAAACAUGCGUGUGAUAAAGUUUCAGGCAUGGGAAGAACACUUCAAAGAAAAAAUUCAAUCUUUACGAAAUGAGGAAUUCCGAUGGCUUAGUAAGUUCAUAUACUUGCUUUCUUGCAACUUAUCAGUACUGUGGAGUAUGGCGCAGAUCGUAUCAGCUUUUACAUUUGGAGCUGCAAUCAUUUUCAAAAACCCUUUAGAUGCUGCUACAGUAUUCACAGCAACAACAGUUUUCAGAAUUCUACAGGAUCCUAUCAGAACCUUCCCCCAGUCCCUUAUGUCAGUUUCACAAGCCAUGGUAUCUCUAGGUAGAUUAGAUGGAUAUAUGACUAGCCGUGAAUUGGAUCAUAAUGUUGUCGAAAGAGAAGAAGGAUGUAGUGGCAGGAUUGCAGUGGAGGUUAAAGAUGGGAUGUUUUCAUGGGAAGAUGAUGGUGAUCAAAUUGUUCUGAAAGACAUAAAUAUUGAAAUUCGAAAGGGGGAACUUGCUGCAAUUGUUGGAAUGGUUGGAUCAGGAAAGUCUUCUUUGUUGGCAUCAAUUCUUGGUGAACUUCAUAAGUUAUCGGGAAAGGUCAGAGUCUGUGGAAGCACUGCUUAUGUUGCCCAAACCUCAUGGAUACAGAACUCUACUAUCCAAGAAAACAUCCUGUUUGGUUCACCAAUGGACAACAAAAGAUACAAAGAUGUACUACGGGUUUGUUCCUUGGAGAAAGACAUGGAAGUUCUGGAAUAUGGAGACCAAACUGAGAUAGGAGAACGAGGAAUCAACCUCAGCGGGGGUCAGAAGCAGAGGAUACAACUCGCAAGAGCAGUAUAUCAGGAUUGUGACAUCUAUCUUCUUGAUGAUAUAUUUAGCGCUGUUGAUGCUCAAACUGGAUCAGAAAUAUUUAAGGAAUGUGUAAGGGGAGCUUUGAAGGAUAAGACUAUUGUUCUUGUCACUCACCAAGUUGACUUCCUUCACAAUGCAGAUCUUAUAUUGGUCAUGAGAGAUGGUAAGAUUGUGCAGUCUGGGAAAUAUGAUGAACUUUUAGAAUUGGGUAUGGAUUUUGGUGAUCUUGUUGCUGCACAUGAGAACUCAAUGGAGCUCGUGGAAAGUAGCACUGGUGCUUCUGGUGAAUGCCUCCCACAAUCAUCACCAAAAUCACCUCAUCAACUAACCCCAAAGUCAUCCCAGAAAUCUCAAGUGGAAGCCAAUGGUGGAAGCAGUUCUUUAGACCAGCAACCAAAGGGUAGUUCCAAGCUUAUCAAAGAUGAGGAAAGAGAGACUGGUCAUGUCAAUUUUGAUGUCUACAAGCAGUACUUCACUGAGGCUUCUGGAUGGUGGGGAGUAGCAGCUGUAGUAAUCAUUUCUUUAUUUUGGCAAGGGUCCACUAUGGCGAGUGACUAUUGGCUAGCAUAUGAGACUUCAGCGGACCGUGUAUUCAAUCCUUCUCUAUUUAUAAAGGUUUACUCAUUCAUAGCUGGCCUUUGUUGCAUUUUUGUGGUCGUCAGAUCAUUUCUUGUCGCAUUCUUGGGUCUCAAAACAGCUCAACGUUUCUUCGAUCAAAUUCUCAAUAGCAUACUGCAUGCUCCAAUGUCAUUCUUUGACACUACUCCUUCAGGAAGAAUAUUAAGUCGGGCAUCAACUGAUCAGGCAUAUGUUGACUUUAUGAUUCCACUCUUUCUAAGUAUAGUGCUUCUGAUGUACUUUACAGUAAUUGGCAUGCUGUUUAUAACAUUCCAGAGUGCUUGGCCAACUAUCUUCCUUAUAAUCCCCCUAGUUUGGCUCAAUAUCUUGUACCGGAGAUACUACAUUGCAUCCUCGCGCGAAUUAACCAGACUUGGUUCAAUCACCAAAGCUCCAAUCCUCCAUUACUUCUCUGAAACCAUAUCAGGCAUUAUGACUGUACGCUGCUUUAGGAAGGAAGAUAAUUUCUUUCAAGGAAAUGUUGACAGAGUCAAUGCUAAUCUACGGAUGGAUUUCCACAGCAAUGCAUCAAAUGAGUGGCUAGGUCUUCGCCUAGAGUUUAUUGGUAGUAUUUUGAUCUGCAUUGCCACCAUUUUCAUGGUCUUGCUGCCAAGCUUUGUUAUCCCACCAGAAUAUGUUGGCUUGGCACUAUCCUACGGACUGCCUCUAAAUGGUGUGCUCUUUUGGGCUGUAUACAUGAGCUGUAUGGUCGAGAACAGAAUGGUUUCAGUUGAAAGGAUAAAGCAGUUCAUAAGAAUACCAUCAGAAGCUUCAUGGAGGAUAGCAAAUUGCCUUCCAUCUGUAGAUUGGCCAUAUCAUGGUGAUAUUGAGAUCAAUAACUUGCAGGUUCGGUACCGGUCUAAUACACCACUGGUUCUGAAAGGAAUCUCUCUUAGUAUUAAUGGAGGAGAGAAAAUCGGCAUUGUUGGCCGGACUGGAAGUGGGAAGUCCACUCUGAUACAAGUUUUCUUUAGGUUGGUGGAACCUUCAGCUGGAACCAUCAUAAUUGAUGGUGUUGACAUUUGCAAGCUAGGACUUCAUGAUCUUAGAUCACGCUUUGGUAUCAUCCCUCAAGAACCAAUUCUAUUUAAAGGGACAGUUAGAAGCAAUAUUGAUCCGCUAGAACAGUAUUCAGAUGAUGAAAUAUGGAAGAGUCUUGAACGCUGCCAAUUAAGAGAUGUGGUAGCAGCAAAGCCUGAGAAACUUGAUUCCCCAGUGGUAGAAAGUGGAGACAACUGGAGUGUUGGACAAAGGCAGCUCCUUUGCUUAGGGAGAGUCAUGCUCAAGAAUAGUAAAAUUCUUUUCAUGGAUGAAGCUACAGCUUCUGUUGAUUCUCAAACUGAUGCUGUCAUCCAGGGGAUCAUCCGCGAGGACUUUGCAGCCUGCACUAUUAUCACCAUUGCUCACCGAAUACCAACUGUGAUAGACUGUGAUCGCGUUCUCGUUAUAGAUAAUGGAUGGGCAAAGGAAUUUGAGAGUCCAACUACUUUGCUUGAAAAGCCAUCACUGUUUGCAUCAUUGGUUCAAGAGUAUUCCAACAGAUCAACAGGUGUAUGAAUAAAAUUACUUACACUUUGGAUGUUUUGAGUCCAAUUAGCAAUAAGUGACGUAUUAUUUUCUUUGUCGAAAUUCUCUCUUCUUUUUUUUGAAAUACUAUUCUCAUAUUCUCGAAUUUUGUAGUCAUAUAGUUUUUAGAUGAGUUAUAUUGUAACAUGAUAUUCUUCUCGA